AUGGCGGCAGGUUUGAUUUCUGAAGAUGAAUUCCGCUACUUUACCCAACAUUUCUUGUCUUUGAAUGCAAAGAAUCGAGAUACCUGGGAACUAAGAGAGUCUAUAUUUGACAAGACGGAGGUUUACCUGUACAAGCGGGUCAGUGUAGUGGACAACAAACAGACUGACCAAGCAUAUGGGUCAGUUUCUUCUACUGAAGACAGUAUGACACACUCCCAAAUUGUAAACGACAGUGACACUAUCACCAAUGUAGAAGAGGAAGAUGGUGGCUGUCUUGUGUCAGGGGCAGAUAACUCUACACUAUCUGCUAGCAGUGGGAUUCAUUUGAUGACCAGUGACACCACAGCAUCCCUUGUUUCCUUGGUGUAUGAGUACAAUAUUGUAUAUAGCCGUAGCUACAAUGUACCUGUACUCUAUUUCAACGUGUACAAAGCAGAUGGCAGUUUGUUGAGUCUGGCUGAGGUGUGGGAUCGUGUACCAGAUGUUUACCGCGAUCGACUAGAGCAUGAUAGAUGGACAUUCCUUUCACAACAGGAACAUCCAAUCCUUGGACGACCAUACUUCCACCUCCAUCCAUGUCACACUGCAGAUCUGAUGGAACAGGUGACAAGUCUCUCUCCUCCAGAAAAGAUAAGUAACUACAUUGUUGCCUGGUUGAGUGCUGUAGGACCCGUAGUAGGCCUUGAACUCCCAUUGACAUUUGCACAAAUGACCUUGGAUGACCCUCCAUGAAUCUUUCUUUUGGAAUGAUACACACUUAUUGUCAUUGAUGUUUUAACAAUAAAAGAUACGUGCUGACCACGUAUGUACACUGACCAAGGUCAAGCAAGGUCACAAAAGGACAGUGUAGACAAUUUGUGAAGUUGAAAGCUCUUGGGCUGUGAAAUAAAUGUGCCAUUUUAAACCAUUUUCAAACUUAUAACCAACUUAAUUUAUUUUUAGAGAUUUUCUAUAUAUCUUGUUAUCGUCACAGAAUUUGAUCACAGUUUGCGA